GCGGUUACGGUUUUGGGUUACGGUUACGGUAUCGGUAUCGGUUUCGGAUUACGGGUAAUUUUUUUUUUUUUGGUUUUUCGGUUGAGUUUUUCGAGUUGUGGUAUUUUUUUCAGAGAGCGGUGUAAUGUUAUUUAGUUUUGGAAUUGUUUUUAUUUUUAUUUUUUUGUUAUGGUAAGCAUAUUUCGAGAAAAAGGUGAAAAGAAGAAGAAGAAAAGUUUAUUAUUGCAAUUUGUAUAAAUUUACAGUUGAGUGUAGCUUGUGGUUUUUCUUUUGUCGCAUGUUUCUGUAGCUGUUGUUGUACUUGUUCUUGUGGCUGGUGUUGGUUUUGGUGUUGUUGUUGUAGUUGUAGUUGUUUGUGUGACUUAAGAACUAAUCGAAUCGGUAAGUGCAAGUUAGUUGGGAGCCAAUAUCUGAACAGAACUCAGGAAACAUCAACCGAUAACGGAACCAAUAAUGAACUCAAGGAAUGUCGAAAAGGAAAAUCAAUAUAAAUCAAAUAAGUUACCACAACAUCCAACAAAAUACGUUACGAUAUACGGACCACUUGCGAUCAAACUGUGCAGCUGAUCUAUGGAAUAUAGUACAGUCUGAGGGUUACAUUUCAGAGAGAUCGACAGUCUUGAACUUAGAUUCGAUUGGCUUCUUGACAUUCCGUCAAAAGUGGAUGUUGGACAGUACAAAAUAUAGAGUUUCUGAAGGUUUUGGUGCAACAAAAUAAACAUCUCGAUCGGUGCGGUUAACACUUUCAUUAUUUACAGAAGGAAAGUAGGUGCUAAGGAUCGAUCUUGGAAGUAUCUUGAAGAGACCGCCAAAACUUGGGGCCUUUACGGAGGUGAAACACAUGAGUCGUAUAUUACAAAAUCAAAAUGAUAAGUUCGAAGAUGAGGAAACAAAAUACGUAUAGAUGAACACUUUUCGUUUUUGGUCGUUGGAAAUUUUUUCUGUUUGUCUGUUGCAACAGUUUGGUUGGUUUUUAUACAUACAAGCUUUAUAUGACUUUCUUUUUGGUUUUCUUAUUUUUUUUUUCAGUUGCUUUGUUAAAACAAAAUGUACACAUAUUGUUGUAUUUUUUAUAUCUGUAUUGAUAUUUGUCAAAGCGCAGUGGGAAGUUUUGUUGUAUUUCAUUUUGCCUUCACUAUAAUCAAAAAGAAACAGAUAAAACACAAAAACAUUUGGAAAAACUUUGUCGGAGAACUGAAACCGAAAAAUACUUUCAAUCGAUGCGAAUUAAUUGUUGGCACAUUAGCGAAGGAAGCGCAGGCAGAUGAUGGUUUGGAUUCGGAAUCGGAAGUUUCGGUGGGGUUAAACUAAUGCAACUAAUGCAAGCACUAACCGUACAUCUACAAGUAUCUAAAACGUGUACUGUAUGGUGGGAUGUAGGGGAGGGGGUGGCGGUAGGUGACUAAUGGGGACUCUAAUGAAUGAAUGGAAACGAUAUGAUAAUUGGCCUGGUUAUACUAUAUAGUGGUGUAAAUGAGUCCGAUCGGAGAACGAGUCUUUCGUAACUCCCAUUCAUAAGUCGAACUGAACUGGAAGUCGCAACUGAAACUGGUAGUGAAGCAGGUGUAGGGCAAGUCAAGUUCAGACCUCUCGCUCUUGGCGACUUAACAAGUGGCUCGUGCCCAGGUGAACUACCCCACUGCGGCUGAUUAUAAUGCUAAUUAAUGCCCAGUCAUGUUGUUGAUCGGUCCGACCAGCCUCUAGCUAAUGGCCUGGGUUUUCUGAUCCAAUCACACUCAUUCACGGUUCGAACUAACUCAUCCACUGACGCAAGUCCCAAAGACACCUGCGAAAUAUGAUGUCGCACCAAGGGAAUAUCUGAGAAGGUUCCACACACACACACUAACCAGAGAGAAAGAACUCUCUCUUUGAGAUUAUUCACCUUCAACCUGUUUCAAACUGCGGGCUGUCAGAACGAUCUGAUUGAUUUCGACACUGCAAUUAGCCACAAUUAAUGGCAGACUAUCUAUAUUAGUACUGCAGUCGUGUAUGGUAUGAAAUCACGCCGAAAGUAUUUUAUAAUAUCGAAAAUUCAUCACCGUUCGGAGACAAAGACGCGGGGCAAUUUACCUUACCAAAGCGCUUAAAUCACAUAAUGAAUUAUUUAAGUCCAGCAUGAAUCAUACGCCGCAAUUUACAAAAAAAAAAAGACUCAAGUUUCAAGAGUCAAGCUCGAAAUUUCGCCCGUCGACCUGAGUGGCUUACCAAAUGAUCUAAGAGAUGCAAAUCGGCCAGGUAAAAAAACGCUCAAAUUGUCACUCAACCUGUUUGCGUAUUGAAAUGAAAUUCGAAAACGAUCGCAAGUCGGAAUCAGAAUCGAAAUCGGAAGAAGUGGCAACCUGCCAGGGCGACCCCCAAAGCCAGUUCCAAGAAAUGGCGCAAGUAUUCCUGGGAUCCACUUGUGACGUAUAUCCAAUUUGUUUACGCGCCAUAAGUGGCUUUGUAAACAGCGAAUGAUAAAGCGAUAUCGGACUGAUAACCGGCUUGGAGACCCCCGAUGCACUCACUUCGAGAGCCGAGAGCCUGAGUCUGAGCUUGGCUUCGGGACCCAGUAGUUGGCGAUUGUGGUCGGUGUUGUAAUCCGAGGGUUUAUGUUUAUAUAUAGCGCCGUGAGGCGACGCGAGCGUCAUUUAGUCACGAAGCUUUAACCAAACCGCAUCGAAGCGCGCGAACCGCGAAUCGCACCUAGACACAAUGUUUCAGAAAAGGAUUAUCGAGAUGAUCACGGUGCUGGUGUACUGGGUGAUCAUCACACCAACUAUCUACAACUACUGCAAGCAAAGUGGAAUAAUCAGGAUGAGCAUCGACUCCUUGGUGGCCACGGUGGGCGACCACUGCACCCUGGCCCUCUGCCUGAUGAUUGGAUACGUCGUCUUCUACCGCAUCAUCAUAUUCAUCUACAUGAAGUUUAAGGUCUGCGACAUCCGGAUGUGGGACGAACUGCAGCGGGCCAAGGAGGAUCCGGAGGCACAUUUGGACAAAAAAUCCUAUUACCAGCCCGUCUCCACCGAGAACAUCGAUGUCGUCGACUCUGGGAGCAAGAAGAAGAGCAAGCCAGGGACACCGAAGAUGAUAAGGACCAUCAGCAAUCCACUGCUCAUCGAAAGCGAUCUGGCCCGCAUUCACAUAAAACACGAGACGCGGCCCCUGGAAAGUGCCACCCUUCCCAGGCUGCAGCAGGCACAGGUCCACCCCAGUCCGAGUCCCAGCCUGAGGUGUGCCCCGCCCGUGCCCCAAAUGCAGAAGAGUGCCAUUCUGCCCAAUCAGCACAGCAAAGGCGUGAUUAUGUCUCCCAAGGUUCUGAUGCCCAGACCUCAACAGGUGUAGACAGAAGUGAUUAGUGCUUAGAAGUGGUAGCUCAUGGCCCAUAAUAACGAACACCAAGUUAGGUGGAAGGUUUUGUGUGAUUCUGAGCUCAACUUAAAAGGACCAAGUCCGCAUAAAGUAUUAGCUACUGCCCAAAGAUCGAUAAUCGAAAAACACGAAAUUAGUCAAUUAUCACAUUCCAGUGAACUCGUUCGCGCGAGCUAAAUUAAUUCUUUAGUUAGUGAAUAUAUAUUUAUUACUAGUCAUAAGGCAGCUAUUGUUAUCUGUGUACCUACUUAUCGCAGCGCUUAUGCGUAAUGUGCGUGAAUUAAUAUAAAGAAAUAAAUGAAAUGCAUCUUUUGUGAAACUAUAUAAAUAUGUUUUCUCUGGGAGAGAAUUUAAUGAGCAAAUAUUUUUGGAACUAUUCGGUCUGACAAUCGGAUAAAAUCGGAUUUAUGUUUCUCUGGAGAAUUGAGGCGAGCGAAGGGUCUGAGUCUGACUUUGUUUUCGAAAAGCAGCAGUUUGUUUUUGUCCAGAGCUGGAUCACUCUUGUUUUUAGAAAGGGCGCGAGUGAAAAAAGGUUUCGUAGCUUUGAUCAAACUACUUCAAGAAAUCGAUCGGUAAUGUUUCAAAAAAGAAUUGUGGAGGUGAUAACUCUGCUCUUGUACUGCUUUGUCAUCACUCCGAUAAUCUUUAAAUACUGCAAAGAGAAGUCAAUAGUCAGAAAAAUCGACACCGAGGACCUGUUGGGAACUCUGUAUGAAAACGGCGCCUUCGUUCUCUGUGAUAUGAUUGGUUACGUGGUCUUUUACCGCGUAGUCAUGUUUAGUUAUAUGAAGCUGAAGAUCCUGGACAUUAAAAUGUGGAAGACAGUAAAGGAGGCCAAAAAGGAUCCGGAGGCGUAUUUUGGCAAAAAGUCCUGCGAAAAGGAUAAUAAAAAAGGGGACAUUAAUGUCUUAGAGUCUGGAAAAAGGCAGAGUAUACCAACUAUCCCGUCGUUGAUAAGGACCAUCAGCCGCACUCUGAGCAUCGGAAGUGAUCUAGCCCCCAUCCACAUAAAAAACGUAAAGAGUGAAAGCUGCCUAGAAAUUGUCUCCCAAAAAUGAAUGUCGUAUUUAAUAUACUAGGUUUCACUUUGGAUCAUAUAAAAGCUACUGGCUAAAGAUCAAAUUGAUAAACGAAAACCGCAUCAGUUAGUAAAUAUUAUUAUAAAUAGUAACCAUUUUUUGUAUUUAUCAAAACCGUAAUGGGCAAUAAACCUACAAAUAUAUUAAUAUAUUUA